AUGUCUCGCGAAGCCUACCAAGUCCCGACCGGUAGCCAAGCCGCCAACCCAGCAGCCGUGGGCAAGUCCUUCGAUGCCUACGGUGGAGGCGCCGCCGAGGUCGGCCCCCAGAUGCAGUACCUAUGCGGUGACUGCGGGCUGAAGUUCCAGAUGCGCCGCGGCGAUGCCAUUCGGUGCAAGGAGUGUGGAUGCCGCAUUCUUUACAAGGAGCGCACCAAGAGAAUGGUCCAGUUCGAGGCGCGAUGA